AUGCUAAAGCUAGCGCGUGUGUGCACAGUAUAUGGGCGGCGCUCCCUCCUUGCAGCCAGUCAUGGGAGCUUGGAGCUGGAGUCCCAGGCUUGGCCAACGCCAACGCUGCUUGGAGCGCUUGCUUUAGGUAUUCGGGGCAUCAAGAAAUCCGCCCAGCAGGUCCGUGCUGGCGACCUGGUCCAGCGGGAGGGUCGGCCCUACCGGGUGUCCCGCUUCCACUGGAUGCACGGCCAAGCCCGGGCUGCCGGGUUCGUGACGCUGGACCUGGUGGACCUAGCCACGGGGGCGCGUACCUCAGAGAAGUUCAGAUUGGAAGAUCAGGUGGAGCUGGCCGACGUGGAGAGCAAGGACAUGCAGGUUCUGUACCAGGAUGACGACGGCAAUGUGCACGUGAUGGACGGUACGACGUACGAGCAGGCCGUACUCAGUCCGGAUCUGUUUGGCGAGGGUCGCAAAUGGCUGGGAACUCCGGAGCUGACGGUAUCAGUUAGCUACUUUGAAGGAGAGCCCGUGGCGGCCAAGUUGCCGUACAAGAUUCCCGUUGAGGUGCUGGAUGCACCGACGGCGGUGGUCAAGGAAGACGGCACGUCGUCGCGGCAUGUCGUGGUUGAGGGCGGCAUCAGCGUUGUGGCACCGUCGUUCGUACGUAAGGGAGACGUCAUUGUUGUACGUACGGAAGACGGGACGUACAUGACGAAAGGGUGA